CAGGUGUGUUCCAGAACACUGGGAAGACUCCGACAGAAUGAAGCCUCGCAUGAUGAUGAUGUCAGAGGGUCUGUUGUUGCUCCUGGUCAUACAAGCUCUUCUUCAUGCUUCAGUUGGUCAAAUGACCCCCACCCCUCCUGCCACCACCACCCCCCCUCCCUCCACCACCACCCCCCCUCCCUCCACCACUCCCCCUCCUGUGGUGUUCCUGUGUGGGGGCACACCUUGCCCAGCAGGCCAGGACUGUCUCAGUGUCAACGGUACUCUUCGCUCUGUUGACCCCUGUGAGCAUUACUCAGUUCUGGACGAUGCCUGGCGCUCAACGGACUACAGAAGCAAUGGUGGCACGCACUGCGACGAGGGUAACAGUUGGCAGGGAUGGUAUCGCCUGUUCCUGGAUGGGUCCAGCAGUCAGAUGCCAGACGCGUGUGUGGAACAGAACAUGUGUGGGACCGACGCCCCUCUGUGGCUCGCUGAUCCUCACCCCCUGCUGGGAGACGGGGUGGUGGAACGUGGUGUGUGUGGGAGCUGGGGGGACAAAUGCUGUAACUUUAGGUCAAACCCCAUCCAUGUCAAAGCCUGUCCUGGAAACUACUACGUCUACAAGUUUGUCCAACCAGUGACUUGUCACUUGGCUUAUUGUGCAGUUCGUCAAAUUAUCUCCACCACCCCUCCUACUACCAUCACCCCAGAGCUGGUGUGUGGGAGGAGCUACCUGGAGGUGGGUCUCCUCAAGUCUCAGCUAGCGGCCAAACGUCUGGACUCCUCCUCUGCUCACCUGGCCAACGCCCGCUGCUCCUCCCAGGAGAUUAACGGGACGGUGUGGUUCCAGAUGGAGCGCUGGGAGGGCAGCUGUGGAACCACUCUGACGACCAACGGCAGCCACGCCAUCUACUCCAACAGUCUGUUUGUCUACCCUGCCAGAAAUGUCACCAUGGUUCAACCCCUGAGGAUCCCUUUCUCCUGCUCCUAUCCCCUGGAGACAGUGGCAAACCUGGAUGUGGCCAUCAGACCAUACCUGGAUCUUGAAGGUGCGGUGAAAGAUGAGGGUGCCCAGGCCAAGACCUCCAUGUCUCUGUUCCGUGAUGCCAACUACACAGCUCCUUACUCUGCAGGCCCAGUCACUCUGCCCCUGGGCUCCGUCCUGCAUGUGGGCGUGUCUGUUGAAGAGACGGACGCUGAGGCCUUUGUGGUCGUUCUGGAGGACUGCUACGCCACCCACUCCCCUCAUCCUGAUGACCUCCUGAAAUACUUCCUCAUCCAGCACAAGUGUCCUACCGACCGUCGCCAGGUGACGGUGGAGGAGAGUGGCUUGUCCCUCCAGGCUCGCUUCUCUGCGCUGCUGUUCCUGUUCCAGGGGGACUACAGGGACGUCUACCUGCACUGCAGCCUCAACCUGUGUGACCAGAGGAGCUCCUCCUGCUCUCCUAUGUGUUCAGGAAGGUCUGUCCGCUCUGUCGACAAACUCGUACCCCACAAGCCCGUCACCAUUGGACCAAUCACCUGGGCCCAGAGUCUGGAGUGAGCUGAUGAAGUCACACCUCCCUCAGAACGGCUUCAUGACCAUCCCUAUGGCAACCAGCUCAGGCUCUCUCCUGUCUCCUGUCUUUUGAAAAUGUUUUAACCCUUAAAAAGAUGACAGAACACCCUGCAUAUAAAUAAC